UCUUAUGACACAAUAAUCCUUUAGCAAUUAUUUCACCCAACAACUGGCCAAACAUAAAGUAAGUUCCAAAUUCCAUUCAUCAUUUUGGUUUUGAUGAGUUGAAGUUUUAUUAGAUUGUCUAGUCCAACUAUCUCUAGCUCCAUGUCAAAAUCAAAGACCUAAUAGGAUUUCACUUUCAAUGAAGUGGGUAAAGGGAGGAGGAGUUGCGUUGAAAUCCACAAGCAACAUCAGGAAACCAUUAUGAUAGGUUCAGUGAAAACUACAAACCUGCAGAUGAAAUGGCUAUUAAUGAUAAUGUUUUCAUUCGCAGUCAAUGCUAGAAGUCUAAAGGAAUCAAACCCCCCAAUAAUAGAGUACAAACCUUUUAUUGUUUACUGGAAUGCUCCUACAACACAGUGCAAGAAGCUUUUUGGUGUGGAUCUAAAUCUCCAAGCUUUUGACAUUGUGGCUAACCCUGAGGAGGCAUUAAAUGGGCCCCAUGUUACCAUAUUUUAUGAAAAAAAAUUAGGUGAUUACCCUUACAUUAAUGAAGAUGGAACAAUCAUCAAUGGAGGAAUACCACAGAAGGAGAACCUUCCUAAGCACCUUGAAAAGAGUAAGGAGGACAUCAAGAAUGCCAUUCGUUCAGCAAAAUUCCAUGGGCUUGCCGUUAUUGAUUGGGAAGAAUGGAGACCUCAGUGGGAAAGGAAUUGGGGUUCUAAAAAUGUAUAUAGAAUCCAGGCUUUAAACCAUGUUAAAAAUAGCCACAAAGAUUGGCCAGAAAUCAAAUUACAGGCAAUGGCAAAACAGGAAUAUGAAAGCGCUGCCAAGAAUUUUAUGAAUUCUACUCUUCGGUUGGGGUUAGGAAUCAGACCACAAGGACACUGGGGUUUUUACCUUUAUCCAGAGUGUUACAAUUAUGAUUACAAAAAAACCCCACUCACAUACACUGGAAAAUGUCCAGAAAUUGAAAUUUCCCGCAAUGAUGACCUUCGGUGGCUAUGGCAAGAAAGUACUGCUCUUUAUCCUUCUAUAUAUUUGACAUCGAUGUUGAAGGAUAGUAUAUAUACCCAGAAAUUUGUUCACUAUCGGGUCAAAGAAGCAAUGAGAAUUUCCUAUAUGGCUAGGAAUGACUAUGCUUUGCCUGUUUUUGUUUAUACUGGGUUAUUUUAUACCUAUGGUACUGAACCCUUGACUAAGAAUGAUUUAUUGUACACCAUUGGGGAGAGUGCUGCAAUGGGGGCAGCAGGUAUAGUAAUAUGGGGAGGCUCAGAGUAUUCAAGUUCAAAAAACAAUUGCCUAACUGUACAGAAAUUCGUUAAUGGAGUUUUUGGUCAUUAUAUCGUCAAUGUGACAGCGGCUACUCAACGCUGCAGUAGAAUUCUUUGCAACAGUAAUGGGAGAUGUGUUCGAAGAGAAGCUGACUCAUAUUCUUAUCUGCAUAUGCCCGUGGGCAGCAUCAUGAGGCAUAAGUUAAAGAGGGGGUUGAAGUUUAUUCCUUCUCAAAGAGCUUCAAAAGAUGAGAAAAAAUAUAUGAAGAAUGAAUUUGUGUGUCAGUGUUAUAGUCACUGGAAUGGAAAAUUCUGUACAUGGAAAGAAACCCACCACUCUGGAUCAAGGAAAAAACAACUGUCCUUUGAAGCAAAUUUCCUCCUCACUUUAAUUUUAAUAUUGCCUGGGACCCUGCUGAUCUUUUUUUAUCCCACUGUAAUCUAACGUUUCUGGAAUCAAUCCAAAUGAUCCACCUUGCUUUACACUCCUACACCAGUGCUCUCUGAUCUUCUCCAUGCCAGCAGUUCCAAAUGUUCGGGGGUCGGACAUUGUGAUACUCUUAACAUUGACUUUGUAUUCCUCUCUCUCUAUGUACACCACAAAUAUACUUUAAAGAAAAUGAAACCACAAUUCAUGUCAUUCUCUGAAUUGUUUGAGAUUAACAAAUUAUUGAGAUUUAAAGA